AUGCAGACCACAAAUUUUGCAGUGAUUUUUGUCCUACUCACUGCUCAGUUUGCUGUUUUGCAUGCGAAUAGAUUUUACAGUGACUGCUCUGCUGACAACACGCUUAUCGGCGCAUCUGUGUCGAAUUGCAGCCAAGUAUCUUGCGUCGCUGCUGGAGACACAUUUGUAAAUGUUCAAAUCACUUUCCAAGCAAAAAGAAUCGUUCGUUCUGGGAAGGCGAAACUUUGCCUCAGCGACUCACAGUCGAAGAGUUGCUUACGCGAAGUUGCAGACAUUAGCGAUAUCUGCGACUUCAUAGAUCCUGGAUGUCCGCUGCAACAAGGAGGUGUAUACACGUAUAAGAGGAAUUUCCUCGUACCGGAUGUCUCGAUGGAAGGCGAAACUAGCUACAAGCUUUAUGACGAGGAAUGCAACGUGCUUGCAUGCAUAGAGUACAAAGGGGAAAUUGAAUCCAAGAAUAAGGACAUACCGCAACUUCUGCUCACUGACGACAGCUAUCCAUGCGGCAGCAAAUGACAGUGCAUCUUUUGUUGAUCUUCCUUACACUUUUGUCUCUUAAUGCCGGAGAUUACAUGAAGGCAAAGCUUGCAAACUCUG